AUGAGUUCUAGAGCGUCGGACAGCGGCGCAGAGUCUAGCGGAUCGGAAUCACCGCCCCCCGCAGCAGCCGGUCCAGCCACACGGUCACCGCCGUCGCCGUCGCCGCCGACGUCCUCCUCGGCAGCAGCAGCAGCAGCAGCCGCCGCGUCUCCCGGGAUUUUCAGAUUAACGUCGAGCAACGCGGAGUUGGUGUACUCGAACCUAGCAGCCAUGGUCAAUUCGUCGGGCGCUUCCGGUCCACAGCAACAGGCGGCUGUACUGUUCCGGUUGGGGCAGCUAGGCCGACAGCUCCAGGCUUCCGGACAGCAACCGUUCAUACUGCCGAUGCCGAAUCCGCCAGCGGCGCACCAGACGCCCGCCGAUCUCAGCAGCAAGUCGUCGCGGAACAAAUCGGAGCUCUGA